AUGGAUGUCCCCUACCACAACAAUAUAAACCAGCAGGGAGAAACGUACCCCACACAUGGAACAGGAGGAAAUGAUGGUUACCCCUACCAGACGGACUACCCUCCUCAAGAGGAAGAUGCUGCUAGUGAUGCCACUGAGGGUCACGAUGAAGAUGAUCAGAUGUAUGAAGGUGAGUACCAGGGCAUCCCCCACCCGGAUGAGAUCAAAGAGGCCAGGAGAGCCGCCCGAAGGGAAGCGAGAAUGAAGGCCAGGAAGGUUGCCGAGGCAGAAGAGGAGACAUUGGCGGAACAAUACGAGACCAUCAUGGAAGACUGCGGUCACGGGCGCUUCCAGUGGACUUUGUUCACGGUACUGGGCCUGGCCCUCAUGGCUGAUGGGGUGGAGUGUUUUGUAGUGAGUUUUGCAAUGCCCAGUGCUGAGAAGGACAUGUGCCUCUCCAAUGCAGAUAAAGGCAUGCUUGGUCUGAUAGUGUAUGUUGGCAUGAUGUUUGGCGCUGUGGUGUGGGGCGGGCUGGCUGAUAAACUGGGUCGACGGCAAUGUUUACUCUACGCUCUGGCCAUCAACAGCAUAUUUUCCUUCCUAUCCUGUUUCGCCCAGAGCUAUGGCUUCUUUAUCUUCUUCAGACUCUGUUCAGGAAUCGGAAUUGGAGGGUCCAUCCCUGUGGUGUACACAUACUUCGCUGAGUUCCUGCAGAUGGAUAAGAGAGGAGAACAUCUCAGCUGGCUCUGUCUGUUCUGGAUGAUGGGGGGGCUUUACGCUUCCUUCACCGCUUGGGGAAUCAUCCCACAUUAUGGUUGGGGCUUUAGUAUGGGGACAGAGUUCCAGUUCCACAGCUGGAGGGUGUUUGUGCUGGUUUGUUUUCUUCCAUCUCUGGCUGCUCUCGCUGGGCUUGUGUUCAUGCCAGAAAGUCCCCGUUUUCUCCUGGAGAAUGCAAGACACGACGAAGCCUGGAUGAUCCUCAGGCGGGUCCAUGACACCAACUGGAGGGCAAAGGGAGAACCAGAGAGAGUUUUUCAAGUCUCUCAACUCAAAACGCCUCACACUCAAGAUGAUGAGUUCAUAGAGAUUCAGAGUGAAACUGCCACUGCUUUCCAAAGAUUCAUGGUCAGACAUAUGACUCUGGUCAAACAGGUCAUAAAGAACAUGAUGUCUCUAGCUUCGCCAGAUCUCAGACUUCAUGGUUUGUUUAUCGCGAUUGUGUGGUUCACCAUGGCAUUCAGCUAUUAUGGGCUGGGAAUUUGGUUUCCUGACCAAAUCAAGUACCUCCAGUUUGAGGAUUACGAGUCUAACGUCAAGGUCUUCCAUCGUGAGAAAGUGGAACGAUUUCAUUUUAACUUCACUCUGCAGAAUCAGGUUCACAAAGAGGGGGAGUACAUUCACGACAGGUUUGUCAACAUAGAAAUAAAAAAUGUAAAGUUUGAGGACUCGCUCUUUGAGAACUGUUAUUUCGAGGACAUCAAAUCAACAGAAACUUUCUUUGAAAACUGCACGCUUAAAAACACGGUCUUCUACAAUACUGAUCUGUGGAAAGAUUCAAAGUUCAUUGACUGUAAGAUGGAAAACACAACAUUUUUGCACCCCAAGAAAGGCUGUCAUCUAAACUUCCAGGAGGAAAAUGACAUCGUGAUCUAUCUAGUCAGUUUCCUCGGCAGUUUGUCCGUGUUACCAGGCAACAUUCUGGCAGGUUUAUUAAUGGAUAAAAUAGGGAGGAUUAAAAUUAUAGGAGGAUCUAUGCUGGUCUCUGCUGGCUGCACAUUUUUAUUGUUCCUGUGCUUUAAUCAAGGCUCCGUUAUUACCUUCCAGUGCAUCUAUUUUGCAGCUUGUGCAGCUGCUUGGAACGGCAUUGAUGUGAUCACAGUUGAGCUUUAUCCAGCCUCGAAAAGGGCCACGGCGUUCGGCGUGCUGAACGGCAUCAGCAAACUGGCAGCUAUCAUCAGCACUUUUAUCUUUGGCAAGUUUAUCAGCAUCACUAAGAUCAUCCCCAUCAUCCUGUCCUUCUCAGCGCUGGUUUGUGGAGGAUUGCUGGCGUUUAAAUUGCCUGAGACCCGGGAGCUCAUCCUUCAAUGAUAAAGCCAAAUUCAUCAAACGGCCUUGUACCAGCAUCUUCUCCAGCUGGAAACUACAUGUCCUUAUGUUCAGACUUCAAGAACAGUGACAACAAAAAGGCUGAACUAUAUAAAGUUGAUAUGGUGUCACAUUUUAACUGUUU